GGUCCUGGGUGUCGGCGCAGGCGCGCUGGCGGCCCGUGGAGGUCGCGGCGCCUGCGCAGUCGUUCUUCCUCAGGUGGCAGCCAUGGCUGGACAAGAGGAUCCGGUGCAGCGGGAGAUUCACCAGGACUGGGCGAAUCGGGAGUACAUUGAGAUCAUCACCAGCAGCAUCAAGAAAAUCUCGGACUUUCUCAACUCUUUCGGUCUGAUGGCAGUGAGGAACAUGAUAAGAAGUCUUUCCUGCUGUCUUUGGUGGCGCACACUUCUAAUCUUGGCACCUGGGAAACGGAGGCAGGAGUGCCAUGAGCUUGAGGCUAGCCAAAUCAAAACAGCCACAAAAAAUACGAGCCAUUUUCUGCAUUCAAAGGCGUUCUCUCAGGCCAGUGAGGUGGCUUUAGUAGAUAUGUCUUGUCGUUCAAGACUCGCAACACUAAAUGAGAAAUUGACAGCCCUUGAACGGAGAAUAGAGUACAUUGAAGCGAGGGUGACAAAGGGUGAGACCCUCACCUAGAGCUGUGGCCCGCUGCUGCUGGGAAGUCGUUGUACAGAACACUGGCCGUGUGGGAAAGGCCCAGCAGCCUUCUGCGCCUCCCCUUCUCCUUACAGAGCAACUGGGCUUUUUCUUGUUUUUCUUUUUUCCAAAGUGGCCUUUGGGCUCUGCCGUGUACACCUGGGAUGUGAUGUGGCAUGGGGAAGAAGUCCAGGGCACCUCUUGGAAACAGCAUUAGGCAUUUCCCCUGUUCAGUAACAUUGUUUGAAACUACUUGUCAAUGUAUUUGAGGAGUUGAGGCAAAGGCCGGGACUCUGGUAAGGUCCUCCCCACCUCAGUCUCUUUCUCUCAGACUUUCCCUCCAGCUCCCAUGGCCUCUGCACUGAUUGUGUCCACAGUCCGUCUUCUCUGCCUGUGACAGGAGGUGGGGCAGUCCUGGCUGAGACUCGUGCCCUGCAGUGUGGUUACCAGAAAAUGUUGUUGCUGACCCACCAGUUUCUUGUUCUGGGAGGUCCAAGUCCGGCCCUCAGCUGGCUUAAAGGGACAUUUCAGUUUUCUUUCUGUCACUUGGGGUAUCUCGUGCUUCCCUAAUAAACUCGACUUUACCUGACUGCUGUGAUUGUGGUGGCCCAGGAGCUAGAGGCGGUUUCCUUUUCACAGACGUGUGCUGCGUAGGAAUGCUCUCCAGAGCUGCAGACAUAGCUGUUUGAGUCAAAGCUAGGCAGCUCUCUGUCAGUGCUUGUGUCUGGACACGAACUACGUCAUCCUGGAAUCAUUUGGUCAUCCAGCAGAUACUGCUGAGGAUUUUCAUUCUAUAGGUGUGUUAGACUCCAAUAAAGAUACAGUAUUGAAUCAGA